AUGUAUAUAGCAGUUCGCUGUUGGAGAGGCCAUCUAGGAUUUGGUUCAACACGUUUGCGGCUCUAUUCAAGCCUGCCGAACAAUGCUCUUGACUUGAGGCCCUACCAGAAAGAUUGCAUUGAGCAAUGUCUCAAGGCCUUGGAUAGGGGGCUGAACAAAGUGGUAGUGAGUCUGGCUACAGGUGGUGGCAAAACUGUCAUAUUUUCUCACCUUAUUGACCAAAUCAAGCCCAAUUCCAAGACCGGAGGAAGAAAGACCUUAGUUCUGGUUCAUCGCCAGGAACUGGCGGACCAGGCCGUUCAGAAAAUUGCAACAAUAAAUCAGUUGUACAAAGUUGAAAAAGAUCAGGCAAAAAGCAAGGCUUCUCAUAAGGAUGACGUUGAUGUUGUUGUGGCAUCCGUUCCGACGUUAUUGCGGACUCCUGAUAGACUGGCCAAAUACAGUGCAGAUGACUAUAAAGCCAUAAUCGUUGACGAGUGCCACCACGCAGUUACAAAUUCGUUCAUGAGAGUUCUGGACUACUUUGGAGUGUCCAAAAGAACAGAUACGAGCAGUAUAGCCUUGAUAGGAUUUAGUGCCACCUUGAAACGAAGGGAUAAGAUUCCGCUUAACAGAGUAUUUGAUGAGGUGGUUUUCGACAUGGGUCUGGAAGAGAUGAUCUCCAAUGGCCAUCUUUCCGACUUUGUGUGGUCAAGAGUUGCUACUUCGCUGCGUCUGGAUGAAGUGGAGAUUGUGAACGGGGACUACAGUCUGGGCGGCCUAUCUAAACAUGUCAAUAAGCCCGAGGUCAACAGAAUGGUACUUCGUCUUUAUUUGAGAAUGCGAGAUCUCUGCAAGUUUAAGUCAUCUUUGUUUUUCUGUGUUAACGUUCAGCAUGUCCAGGACAUUUGCGAUCUGUUCAAUCAAAACGGUAUAAGGGCAGAGUAUGUGACGGGUUCAACUCCACCACAGGAAAGGGCUGAGAUCUUGUCAGCCUUUAAGAGCGGAAAUUUGCCUGUGCUUGUGAAUUGUGGUGUUUUCACAGAAGGAACAGAUAUUCCAAAUAUUGAUUCUCUGUUUCUGGUGAGACCUACCAAGUCUCAACCUCUUCUAACGCAAAUGAUAGGCAGGGGUCUUAGAUUGAACGAAGGAAAGCAGAAUUGCCAUAUAUUUGACUUUGUGGACUCAACUGGAAUUAGCAUUGCUGCAAAAGCCGAGAUAGAUGGUCCAGAAAGUCAGUUGGGGCCUUCAAUAAUGGACAUACAGAGAGGCCUCAACCAAACUUCUGCGGAUCCGCGUGAACUGGACAUAGAGAAAAUAGAGGUCAUAACAUACGAAGGCGUUGAAAAGUUUUUGAAUUCGGAGUUCCAGCAGGACGAUGGAGUUCCUGAUUUUGUGAAGAUGAAGAAGGCAAAGUAUCCGUGGGUGCGACUGAAAUUUGAGUCUUGGGGCCUGAAAAUAAGUCAAAACUCCCAUCUGAGAAUUGAUAAGGAAGGAGAACACAACUAUCGUUUGGUAUUUGUAGACCUUCGGAGCUAUCAAGUGUCUACAAAAAGUGAAUCUCCAGACAGUCUGCAAUAUCAUUUGGCGGUAGCUAUGAAGCAAACGUCAAGAAGUAUCAAGUACCCACAAACGAACGUCAUCAAGGAAAUUUUGCCCAACCUCGAGGCAGCAUUCGAGGAAGUUGAAAGUUUUCUAGACAAAAACACCAGGUACAAGCCGGUACUGAGCUUGCUCUCUGGAAACAUAACGGAGAAACAAAAAGCCUUCUUGCGCAGAAAAUGUGGAAGCAUUGCCUCAAAGUCCUUGAAAAGGGCAGACCACACAGACUUUGAAGUAGAGCUGGACAGAGUGUUGAACGAUUUGAGCAAAUCGGAUGCUGGAAAUUUGAUUUUUGCAUACUCGGUUUCGGGUAAAGUUGCUCUUCAGAUAUUCAUGAAGGAUGAGGUAUUGAAAAAGUUGAAGAAACCAAAAGGGUUGCUAGACUGA